AUGGGACCUCUUCAAUUGUGCAACUCUCUGCACAUCAUCAUUGUUCUCUGCAGCGCAACUUCCACUUCCAGUAUGGCUGGCAUUGGCAGUGGCACAAACAAGGCGUUAACGCGUCUCCAAACACCAAUAGUGCCAGUACCGACGGGGAAGUGGGUUCCAACACAUCUUUGUUCUAACGCAUCUCCAAACACCAAUAGUGCUACCAUUUUCUGGAGUCGACCAGUACCGACAGGGAAGUGGGUUCCAACACAUCUUCAUCUAACACGUCUCCAAACACCAAUAGUGCCAGUACCGACGGGGGAAGUGGGUUCCAACACAUCUUCGUCUAACGCAUCUCCAAACACCAAUAGUGCUAACAACGUUUCCAACACAUCUUCGUCUAACGCAUCUCCAAACACCAAUAGCGCACCUCCAUCUAACGCGACUCCAAACACCAAUAGUGCUAGCAAUGUUUCUAAUAAGUACAUACAAUGUACUGUAACUGAUCUCUCUGCAGCUCUCUGCAGCGCAACUUCCGGUGAACAUUGUUCCGGAUCUUUGCGCCACUCUCUGCACAUUGUUAUUGGUCUUGCUCCUUUGCGACACACUCACACUAGCAGCGCACUCGGACUCGCACUCACUCAGACCACUCUAGUUCAUAUGGCGAACCCGAACAGCGUUGUCUGUCAAUUUAUGGAAGAUGCCCUUGCCGCCGAAGACCGAAUCUGUGAAUGCCCGAGUUGUCGUGCCCAGAUCACAAAAGGCCAGCCUUGUUUUUACGUGGCUACAAUGCAACCUGGCAGAUCUGGGCGCAAUAAACCCACCACAUCACAGCCUGCCUUGCGACAACAUCCGUCGUCUCCAGCAAGUCAGCGAUGGCCUGAUCCUAAGGCCAUUCGGCAGUCAGUGAAUGCUUCCCAAUGGAAAUCGAGUGUCAAUCCGCCUCGUGUGGUGGCAAUCCCUGACUGGACCAAUACCUCUAUGGGCCCCACCGCCUGUCCCUCUGCCUUGCGACCGUACAACUGGUCCUGA